UACUGAUACUCUAUUGUUCGUUCGGUGGCAUCCUCCCGGCCCCGGCCUUGCCCAGCCUCGCACUCGCUUUUCUUCAACCAUCACCGACUCCAAACCACACUCUUUUCCAGUGCCUCUUGUACCAGCGGCCGUCUUUUCUCUCUCUCUUUCUCUUAAACCUCUUUCACUUUGAUCCCCGUCAUCAACGAUGCUCGCCAAUACUUUUCUUCUGGUGGCGUUGUCAUUACUUGGCAACGACGGAAUCCAUGCUGCUCCUACAACGUACUUGACUGAACGUGCUCCUUCGGGUGUUAAAAGAGCCAUAGCAUCUCUCUUCCAAUGGAAUUGGGUCUCAGUUCAAAACGAAUGCUCCUUCCUUGCCGAGCAAGGAUAUGGAUACGUUCAAGUCUCGCCCACUCAAGAACACAUUGCCGGCGAUUCAUGGUGGACCGACUACCAAGCAGUCUCCUACACCUUGCAGUCGAAACGAGGAUCCCUUGAUCAACUCACGCAGAUGGUGAACGUGUGUACUGGGUUGGGGGUGGGGGUGAUCGUGGAUGUUGUUGUGAACCACAUGACUGGAAUUGAUGGGGGAACGGGUGUCGCCAGUCAUACCUUCAGCCAUUAUAAUUAUCCGGGGACGUAUGAUCCAACGGACUUCCAUUAUUGUGGAACGCCGAAUAAUGCCAUCGAAGACUGGAAUAACGAGACUCAAAUCGAGACUUGCCAACUAGCCAACCUUGCCGAUCUCAACACCGAAUCCGAGAAAGUCCGUACGACACUUGCCGCUCAUUUGAAUAAUCUUUUGUCAAUUGGAGUUGCAGGUUUACGUAUCGAUGCUGCCAAACAUAUUGCACCUGCGUCCCUCUCGAAUAUCUUGCGUCGACUUUCAAAGCCGGUAUAUAUUACGCAGGAGGUCGUCGAUACGACUGGUUAUUAUAUGAACAUACAUGAGGAUGCAGGGGAUGUCCAGGUCUUCGGAUAUGCUUACGCUCUCAAAGAUGCCUUUCUCAGCUCAGGCGUUGCUGGGUUGAGUGGUGUCAACAGUCAAGGAUGGCUCGAUAGUGGAUUGGCGAACGUGUUUGUGACCAAUCAUGACACUGAGCGUGGAGGUUCUUCGUUGAGUUAUGCUUCUGGGAAUAAUGUGUAUACCCUUGCGCAUGUGUUUUUGCUUUCUUAUCCAUACGGCACACCUACCGUUCAUUCGGGGUACACGUUCGGCAACACUGAUCAAGGUGCUCCUAAUGGGAAUCACGGAACGUGUGCCGCUAAUGGACCUUCUGGGGGCUGGGAAUGUCAACAUCGCUGGACGGUCAUUGUGAACAUGAUCCAGUUCUAUAACCAAGUCGGUUCCGCGACAUUGAAUAAUGUGGCAAAGGGCAAUUCUCAGCAGCUUGCAUAUGGGCGUGGUUCGGCGGGACAUGUGGCGAUCAAUAACGACGACUCGGCGUGGACUGUUACCCUCAGUACGAACUUGGUGGAUGGCAAGUAUUGCGAUGUUGUUGAGGGGUCUAAGAGUGUGAAUUCGUGCACUGGCCCUACAAUCACGGUGAAAGGUGGAAGCUUCCAAGUAAUGGUUCCUCCGAGACAGGCUAUGGCUAUUCAUACAGGUGCCAAGCUUUAAUCAGGAGAUAUUCUUGCAUUGGCCGUUUGUUACAAGGACUCUCUUUUGAGGACUUUCUUCCCUUCCUUCCCUUUUGCUCUUGCCUAGGACUAUUACAAAUGAAACUUCUGGUAAUUCAUAGAUUCCCAUUUUUCUUAUUCUUUCAUUCUUUUUGCUCUGUUUCCAGGUUUCACUAUUUUGCCACGCUCAUUUGGUAAACUGAUCACUACAUAUGUUGGGACCCUAAUAGAUGUUACGUACAAAUAGUUGCAGUCUUUGGUGUUUCUGUUGUGGGAUGCGUUGGACAAAUAUUAGGACUUGUGUGCUGCAUGUGAUAUGGAAACUUGGCUGACUGAUGGUGGC